ACUCCCAAGAUAAACCCAAAUACUGUAUUGCAUUCGAGAAAUCUCAAUAUCACUAUAUUUACAGCGCCUAAACCUUUCACGGGCUCUGCUGGCACCAGGCAGACUCUAGCUGUUCGAUCAUGGCUCGCUUUAUCUCCACAUGUUUCUAUUGUUCUGUACAGCCAAGACCCAUCCGUUGCCUCUUUCUCCGCCGCUUUUGGUUCCCGCGUUCUGGUUAAUACCGACAUUGAUUUCACCUUCCUUGGUACUCCAUUCUUCCAUUCCAUGAUUGCAAAAUCACGCUCGUUCACUUCAGACGUAUAUGUUAUAGUUGAUCCCGAAACCAUUAUCGUUUCUGGAUUCAUCUCCACCCUAAAUCGUGCAUUUGAACUUGACCAUGAUUGGCUUCUUGUUGCUUCAUCUCGAAAUGCUUCUUACUUUCCAUUCCACUUGGACAACUCUGGAAAACAUUGGCACACAGAUAAUGGGAAACGGGUGCAGAUCCAAGAGCUGCGGGAAAUACUUCAAAAGGAUUGGCAAUGGAAUCAUUGUGAUACAAAAAUGCUCAUAGCGUGGAACAACGGGGACAUGCCCCUACAUAAUGGAGUUCUUCCUCCUUUCUUAUUCGGGAGAAAUGUACAUAAUAGUUGGAUAAUCCAUGAGACUCUAUCAUCUGAGUUCAGAUUGGUGAUUGAUGCUAGCUGGACCAUCACAAGCCUCCAUCUGGAUGGUCAGGAUGAUUUCCAUCCUACAGUUACGGAUUCUAUCACUUUAGAUAUUGAAAGCCGAAAAUGGGAGUACAUGGGCAAUUCCCAUCUAGGGUCACGCUACGGCUCAUUCUUUUAUAAUGAAGCUAACUAUUCUAGCCUGCUUAAACUUUUCAGAUGUGGUGAUCAAUAUUUUAUAAUUGACAGACUGAAAAAUAGUGUCCAUCUAAUUGGACGUCGAGGUGAAGUGAGACAGUGGAAGGGGAAUAUCUUCCAUUCUUGGUUAAAGAAAAGCACAGUAACUUGCAUUGCCGACCGGAGAUCACUGGCCGGAUUAUUAGAGUACCCUUUCAAAGAUAAGAUGUUACAUUCUGCACCUUUGGAACUUCCAUUCUCCUUAGAAUCACUCCUGUCUGUUACUGCAGACAAAAAUAAGACGAUUGUAGUUACAGUUGCUGGAUAUAGUUACAAGGACAUGCUCAUGAGUUGGGUUUGUAGAUUGCGUCACCUCUCCAUUGCAAAUUUUAUAGUUUGUGCUCUUGAUCAGGAAACCUAUCAAUUCUCGAUCUUGCAGGGAAUUCCUGUUUUCAGGGAUCCUUUAGCUCCAAGUAAUAUUAGCUUUAAUGAUUGCCACUUCGGAACAAAGUGCUUUCAGAUGGUGACGAAAGUGAAGUCCAGAUUAGUUUUGAAGAUCCUCAAGCUAGGUUACAAUGUACUUCUCAGUGAUGUCGAUGUAUAUUGGUUUAAAAACCCAGUUCCAUUGCUUCAAUCUUUUGGCCCUGCGGUUCUUGCUGCACAGUCUGAUGAAUUCAAGAAGGAAGGACCAAUAAACCUACCCAGACGUUUGAACUCUGGCUUCUAUUAUGCUCAUUCCGAUAAUCAAACAAUUGCUGCUAUGGAGAAAGUGGUGAAACAUGCAGCAACUUCAGGCUUAUCUGAGCAGCCAAGCUUUUAUGACAUGUUAUGUGGGGAAGGUGGAAUCAACAGAGCAGGUGAUAAAAGAUGUAUGGAGCCUGAAACAAACGUGACAGUAUAUUUUUUAGACAGAGACCUUUUUCCAAACGGUGCUUACCUAGAUUUGUGGCAGAGCAAAGAUGUCAAAGCAGCGUGUUUGAGGAAGGGAUGUGUAGUUAUUCAUAACAACUGGAUCAGUGGGAGGCUGAAGAAGUUGGAGCGUCAAGUCUUGUCAGGUUUAUGGGAGUACGAUCCUGGCACAAGGAUGUGUCUGCAGAGCUGACACCGUAUCAAGAUUGA